AUGUACAUCCAUCUUCUCCUUUCCGCCCUGUUCCCGAUCUACAUCGGCUCACAUGCCUCAUUACGCCGUCCGCCAUCGGCUGCCAACCCAAAGAAGGGACAAACCGAGGAGGAAGAUGAUGACUUGGAGGUUGAGCCAUUGAUCGACGGCAUGAGUCCGUCCGAUGCUAUCAUGUUUCCUGUCUUUGCUGGUAUCACGUUGGCUGGUCUUUACUUCAUUAUCAAGUGGCUUGAAGAUCCUGCUAUCCUCAACAAGAUCUUAAACUACUAUUUCUCGGCUAUAGGUGUUGUUGGAGUGGGCAAGCUCACUGCAGACCUUUUGAGUGUUGUUACAACAUUCAUCUUCCCGUCUGUUUGGGCAACAUCUAAGGACACCUUCUACGUCGACCCUCUGCUAUCUCAACAAGAAACGGGCCCAGUCAAGCCGGCAAGAAUAGCUACUCAUCGCAAGAUCCUCGAUGACAAGACAAAUCCUUUCCCUGGUCUCUUGUCCAGCAUGAAGCUCCCGGCCUCGAUCAACAAGCAACUAUGGGCCCUCCGAGCCCUCUUGAAGAACCACUGGAUUUUCCGGGCGUACUUCCACGGCUGGUUCAGCUUCAAGACGAACAUCAAGCUCAACGACGUAAUCGGCUUCCUUCUGGGCAUCGUAGCCGUCGUCGUAUACAACGUGUAUGCAAAGACCUGGUGGCUCGCCAACCUGCUCGCCUUCGGGUAUUGCUAUGGCGCACUGCAACUCAUGUCUCCAACCACUUUCUGGACUGGAUCCUUGAUACUUAUCGGGCUCUUCGUCUACGAUGUUGUCAUGGUCUUCUAUACACCUAUGAUGAUGACAGUAGCAACGAAGAUUGACGCCCCAAUUAAGCUCGUCUUCCCUGGCCCAGGAAGAGGCAGCAUGCUCGGACUUGGGGACGUCGUACUACCAGGAAUUAUGAUCUCCAUUGCUCUCCGCUUUGACCUGUAUCUCCACUACCUCCAUAAACAGAAAACCGCCUCUACCCCUGACUCCAAGGAAAUCGCGAAGCCCAAGUAUGAGGAAGCGGCCGGUCAAUGGGGCGAGCGGUUCUGGACUUCUGGAAGCAAGGAGGUUACCGUUGCUGAUGGCGCGCGGUUCCCGAAGGUGUAUUUCAAGGCUGCUUUGGUUGGAUAUUCUAUUGCCAUGAUGGUCACAAUUACGGUGAUGCGGAUUUGGAACCAUGGACAGCCUGCUUUGCUCUAUCUCGUUCCUGGAGUAUUAGGUGCGCUCUGGGGCACAGCCUUGGCUCGAGGGGAGUGGAAGUUGAUGUGGGAAUAUACUGAGGAUGGGAGCUUGGAUGUUGAGGGGGAUGGUGAAAAGCAUGGCGAGAAGAAGGGCUCGGGGAUGGACGAGAAGGUUGACAAGAUACUGGCGAAAGCCAAGGAGGAGCAUGCUCAUCAUGUUUUCCUAUUUUCUCUGUCGGAGCCUAAACCAAAAAGGGUGAAGGUUAUUGAGAAAAGCGAAUAG